UGUCAACUGUAAAGUCUUCUAUAAUGUGAAAUGUUAUUUGUGAUACUGGGGAAAAAGUGGAAAGUUUAUUUGUUGCAUUUCUCUUAUACUUUUAACCACUGGGAGAUGACUGACCUCAUUCUUGUAGGCAUCAGGUUUCGUUCAGAGCUCCACAGUCUCCUCUUCCUACUAUUCCUGAUUGUUUAUGGUAUGAUCUUUCUGGGAAACCUUAGCAUGAUUGGCAUCAUUGUGGCUGAUCCCUACGUGAACACACCAAUGUAUUUCUCCCUUGGCAACGUCUCUGUUAUUGAUCUCUCCUACUCCACUGUUAGUGUACCCAAAGCCAUGGUCAAUACCCUUGUGCAGCUCAGCUCUUUUUUCAUGCUCUCUGUCCUGGCAUCUGUGGCCUAUGACUGCUUCAUUGCCAUCUGUGACCCACUCCUGUAUACUGUCCAUAUGUCAAGAAGCCUCUGUAUUCAGUUGGUGACUGGUUCCUAUCUCUGUGACUGGGUUAGUUCCAUUAUACGAAUCAGUAUAACAUUCUCCUCGUCUUUCUGUGCUUCUGGAGUCAUCGAUCACUUCUACUGUAAUUCUAAUCCAGUUGAGAAGAUAAACUGUUCCAAUAUCUUUGUCAAUAAGAUGGUGUCACUUAGUUUGGCUACAAUCAUUAUUAUGCCCACAAUGGUUGUUACUGUAGUAUCUUACAUGCGUAUUGUGUUCAUAAUCGUAAAGAUCCUCUCCAGUGAAGGGAGGAAGAAAGUCUUCUCUACUGGUAGCUCCAACCUGGGAGUUGUGAGUUUGCUCUGUGGUACUGUCUCCUUUGCGUACAUUGUUGUUGUUAUUGUUGUUAGGUACCUUCAAGUAAUAGUAUUUUAUGGAAGUACGGAGUAUAGAAUUUUAAUGUUUGUCUUCCCUGUUUGCCUAAGUAAAAUUUAG